GUAUUUUUUCACACCCAUCACCGUUUAACCGAGUCAGGGGAGAAUGUAACUGUGUACUUUCCCGGUCCCUUCCACGAGGGAGGGAUGAUUUCAGAGAAGUCGCAUGAAAUGACACUCUGGAAUGAAGGACCUAACAAUUGAAUAGAAGGAAGUGGUCGUCACUAACUUUUUUCCCUAAAGGAACAUUUCCUUUCUACGAUUAGCGCCAGCCAUCGCUGCUGUGUGGGAGCAUGUAAUUUCGUUUCACGAUUGAAGUAAAAAUGGAUAUUCGUUUCUUCAUGUUGGCUUUAACACAUGCGAUACUAUCUUUAUCCGAUGGAUUCCUGAUCAUGCACGCCCGGAAGCAACAGUGCUUGAUGGCCAGCAGGAUGAAGGUGCUGGUGGGCACCUGCAACAUGACCGACGCCUGGCAGCAGUGGGAGUGGACGGCGCAGGGCAAACUGCGCCUCCUGCGGGGUGGCCUCUGCCUAACACCGGUCGGCCUUGCGCCCCAGCACUCGCACACCCUAACGCUGCAGGACUGCGCCGGCGCGCCGUCGUGGCAGUGCUAUGACAAUCAACUGGGCCUCAUCGGCCUGGCUGACCGGAAAAUGUACCUCAAGAAGCUGGGCUACUUGGCGACGGUGAAGGCCGAGAGGAAAUACUACGACAGCUGGCUCAGGUACCAGCUCGACGAGAACAGGAAGCCGGUUAAUCUGAACAUCUGUCCAACUGAAGAAGAUUAUCGAGCCAAUGCAUUAGAGGAGGACUCACCAUCUAUUCAGCUGAAGAAAGCCAGUGGGCUAGAAUAUGAUGCAAGAGCUGUUACUGAACAAGUAAUUGAGCAGAUCACACACAGUUCGUCCGUCUCACCUCCAAGUUCAUCCACGAGAUCAGAAGAACUCUACUCUACAGUGACUUACGUUUACAACCAAACGGAGAAGUACGUGACAGUGGCGGCGGAGAGGUGUAUAGUGAACGUGACGGAGAUUGGACAGAGGGGGGAUACGGUUUAUGUGCAGUGGAGGAGCCCGGAGACUUUCUGCAACUUCAGUGUGUCCUACAGAUUGAAUCAGUCGUGGGUUGCCGCUUGCAACCCAGCCUUUUACACCGGCGAUUCCUAUGAGUGUGAACUGAAUGAUUUGGAAGCGGGCACUUUUCACCAGCUGUUGAUUCACUCACUCACUGAUGGUCUUACGGCAAACGCAACGGUGCAGACAGAUCCAAAGCCACCCCAAAGCUUACAAGUGAACAGAAGUGGAACAAAUUCUACCCAUCUCCAGGUUUCUUGGACUCCAUCACCCGGAAAUGUCGACAUGUAUGAGGUUAGGUUAUCUGGGGAAAGCAGUGGAGAAAUUCAGAUCCUCCUCAUCCCAGGGAGGUCCCACAGGAAAGAAGCCGCUUUUUCAUCUCUGACACCAGGCACUAGGUACAGCAUCACCAUAAAUGCCCUCUCUGGAGAUAGGAGAUGUGAUGGACCAAAGAUCUUUGGAUCUACCUCUCCAUCUAAGGUGAAGGAUGUUGACAUUACCAGCAAGUCCAACAGUCUCACCAUAGUGUGGAUCCCUGGCCCUGGGAAGGUGGACAACUUCAGACUGUCACUGGGAUACAAAGGGAAUGUAGUUCAGAAGUACACGGUCUCAAACGUGACAAACAGCCACACUUUCAUCGGGUUAACAGCUGGGAGACUCUACAAUCUAACCGUGACCAGUGUGGCGGGAGAGCUAGAAAAUCUCAUCUCCAAGUCCUUCCAGACAGCCCCAGCAAAGGUUACUUCUGUGGUGGUGUCCAAUAAUGGCAGCCUGAACAGCCUCCUGGUCUCCUGGGGGAGAGCCGUGGGAGAUGUGGACUCGUAUACUAUCUCACUGUCUUUUGAUGGAUCAGUGCUCGAAACCAAGAGUUUACAGCCAAGUGCACAAGAAACCGUCUUUCAAGGGUUAAUGUCAGGCCAGUUGUAUAACAUUACCAUCGUCACCAACAGAGGAAACCAGAAGGCAGUGGCUACAAGUAGCGGCAGAACUGUUCCUAGUCGCGCCUCAAACUUGGUAAUGACAAGCAAUGGCUCCACAAAUUCUUUGAGAGUGAGCUGGCUGCCCCCUGCUGGAUACUGGGAGAGUUACUUCAUUCAGCUCUUCAACCAGUCCUCCGUUGUGCUGAAUACAUCACUGGAAAAACACGUCAGAGAUUAUGAGGUCAGGGAUGUAGGGCUCAUCCCAGGGCGACAGUAUGAGGUCGUGGUCAUCGUGAGGAGUGGAACGUUACAAAACAAGGCAUACUGCAGCGCAAGAACUGCACCUCAGGCAGUCCGUCAUCUGCGAAUCAAGCAUGUGAAUGAAUCCGCACUUGCUGUAUCAUGGACAACACCUGUGACUGAACUGGAUAGGUACCUUGUAUCGUUAAAGGACACAAGAAAAAACACGAUAAGUAGCAGUUUGGACAAGUAUGCCAAAGAGUGGAGUUUUUCUAGCCUGGUGCCUGGACGGAAGUACACCAUUACCGUAACCACCAUCAGUGGCGAUUUACACAAGUCUGCUUCAGUGGAGGCGAAGACAGUUCCUGCUCAGGUGUCUAAUCUCCAUGUGACAAACCAGGGCACGACCAGCAGUUUACACACCAGCUGGACCAGGGCUGCUGGAGACAUCGACAGUUACCAAAUCCAUCUCAUUCAUGAAAACAUUGUCAUCAAGAAUGAAAGCGUUGCGAACAAAACCAAUCAAUAUCUGUUCCAUUCCCUGAAGCCCGGAGGGCUGUACUCCGUCGUCGUCACUACUAUCAGUGGAGGGAUCCCCUCGAGGCAGUCCUUAGCUGAGGAACGAACGGUUCCUUCAAGUGUGCCCAGUGUGAUGGUGAGUAACCAUGACCGCAAUGACUACCUGAUGGUGUCGUGGCUGCCAGCGUCCGGGGAUGUGGAUAGUUACCUUGUCACCCUGUCGCACAACGAGGAAGUCGUCCAGUCACACGCCGUGCCUGAGAGUACCCUGGAAGCUCCCUUCAGGUCACUUACCCCUGGCAGACUGUACGAAGUGACUGUGACCACCCGAAGCGGGAAUUAUGAAAACUAUACUGUUACUCAUGAGAGAACAAAGCCUUCGGCUGUUCAAAGUGUCACAGUCAGCAACUCUGGAAGGAGUGACUACCUGAAAGUCUCAUGGCUGGAUGCGUCAGGAGAUUUUGACUGUUAUAUAGUAACUAUCAAGAACAGCUACAACUACAGCAAAAGCUUAACAGUCCCCAAGUCCGAAAAUGAAUGCAUUUUUUUGAACUUAAUUCCAGGGCGACUUUACAGCAUCACUGUUAGCACCAAGAGCGGGAAAUAUGAAACUCACCAUCUUGCAACCGGAACAACAUUUCCAGCAGCCGUUGGGUCCCUGACUGUGGCUGACAGGAGUACCGACACUCUGAACGUUACCUGGGAAGCAGCUGCUGGAAAUGUGGAUCGCUAUGAAAUCCAGCUUCUCUUCAAUGACAUGAACGUUUUCCUCCCAAUAACACUGAGCAACACAGCACACCAGUUUACUUCCUUAACUCCUGGGCGUCUUUACAAAAUCCUAGUCUCGACCUGGAUUGGGAACCUACAGCGUGCUGCCUUCAUCGAGGGGCGUACAGUGCCCAGUGCAGUUAAGAGCAUCCAUAUUACCAACACUGGAGUGACGAAGGGCCUCAAGGUGAAUUGGUCUCCUGGAGAAGGUGAUGUGGACAGCUACACUGUGAUUUUAUCACAUAAGGGCCAUCAGAUUUCUGUUCACUCUGUUCCUAAACAUGUGCAUGAGCAUACCUUCUACGACCUGGAGCCAGGAGAGCUGUACAACAUAUUAGUUCAGUCAAAUAGUGGCAUCUUCCAUAAUAAUUCAACAGCAUUUGGACGUACUGUUCCCGCUUCAGUCACAGACUUGUCAGUUGACAACAAGCACACUAUGCAUACCCUGGCAGUGUCUUGGCAGCCAGCCGCUGGUAUUAAAGAUGCAUACACUCUGCAACUUCUGAAUGAACAGGGCACUCAGAUGUUCUCGAAUGAGUCUGUCCCAGCUUCCAGCAGGGGAUACAAGUUCAAUGACCUGACUCCUGGCAAGAAGUACAAGAUCCGUGUCUUCACUCUAAGUGGAGGAUUGUACAGCAUUGGAACAGAUCGCGAGGGGAGAACAGUUCCAGCUGCAGUCACCCAUCUGGCUUUGCACGGGAGAAGCACAGACAGCCUGUCAUUCCGCUGGGCCAAAGCCGAAGGGGAAUGUGACUCUUACGAGAUAUUCCUCUACAAUUCAGACAAGACGCUGCACGACCGGAAAUCCGGCAUCCAGAGCCUCGAAGAAUGCUCCUUCCAGAACUUGACACCGGGCAAGAUGUAUAAGCUUGUGAUAGUCACUCACAGUGGGAGUUUGACAAAUGAAUCCUCUCUCUUUGGAAGGACAGUUCCAGCCCAGGUUACCCAUCUGCAAUGGAUGAACAUAAACCAGACUGACAGCCUGCUGUUCACAUGGACCCCAGCUAAGGGAGAGUUUGAUUCCUACAACAUAUCACUUUAUAAUCCCAACGGCACUUUACAGAGCAAUACACUUGGAGAGAAAGUCGUGAAAGAAUGGUACUUUCAGAACUUGACCCCUGGUAGAAUUUAUCACGUUGUGAUAGUAACCCAGAGUGGAGAGUUGAGCAAUGAAGCUGGAGCAGAAGGGAGAACAGCCCCCAAGCCUCCAGGAUCAGUAUCUUUUGCUGAUGUUACGAACACCUCACUUGUCAUAACGUGGCUCGGUCCUCCAGACUGGACUGAUUAUGAUGACUUCGAGCUACAGUGGACGCCAAAGGAUGCUGGAGUUGUCGUUAAUCCAUACAACACGGUGAAGUCAAAAGGGCGUAUCAUACAGAAACUUUACCCUGGGCGCCACUACUCCUUCGAAGUGCGGACUGUCAGCGGAACGAAACUAAAAUCAUUUAGUGAACCCAUUCAAGCUGAUAUAAGAACAAAGCCUGACAAAAUACAACAUAUCCGAUGUCGACCGCAAAGCUCCACAGCAGUCUCCUGUUCAUGGACACACCCCGACUCAGACUACAAUGGCUAUGACAUUGAAUGCUACCACCAUGACAAGAAGGAGUUGGUGUACUCAAGAAGAAUUGAAAAAGGGUUGGUUCAACACAUCAUCAAGGAUCUCGAGCCGGACAAAAAAUAUCUAGUGGCUAUAAAGGUCAUCUCAGACGAAAUGACCAGUGAUGCUGUUGAAGACAGUGUUAUUACUAUGAUUGAUAGUCCUCCACCUCCACCGUCACAUAUCCGUGUUGACAGUAAAGCUGUCAUCAUUACCAAGUCCACCAUACAUUUCAACUUUAAUUGCAGUUGGUUUAGCGACGUCAAUGGAGCCAUCAAGUACUUCACUGUGAUAGUGUAUGAAUCAGAAAGUACCGAUAAUUCAAAGCCAGAGAAACAGCACCCUUUGCCAUCUUAUCUAGAUUACAAACACAACAAUUCGGUUCGAAACUAUCAGACAAAUUAUUUUUCAAGCAAGUGCACAGAAAACCCCGAUGGGACAUUCCAGAACUUCGAAAUAAAAAUUGGAGCUCAGAUGGACAGACUGGGAGGGAAAUGUGAGAAGGAUCGGAAGACAUUCUGUGAUGGCCCUUUAAAAUCCAAAACGUCAUACAGAAUCAGUGUACGUGCCUUCACUCAGCUGUUUGAUGAAGAUAUGGGCAACCCGUUAUUUUCUGACACCUAUUUCUCUUUGCCUAUUACUACUGAGUCAGAGCCUCUCUUCGGUGUCAUAGAAGGAGCAAGUGUUGGUGUGUUCCUGAUCAUUUUACUCAUUUCAGUCAUGGCUGUUAUACUCUGUCGAAGAAAAGUGAAAUCUCUCAGUGCUGAGGCCAGAGCACCAUCAAAGCCAAAAGACAGGCUGUCCUCGGUAAACGUCCCUCUCGUACAGGGAAGGAAGCCUCCAAUCUCCAGAGAAAUUAAGGCCAACCUGUUUGAGACUCAGUUUACUAAACUUCAAGCAGAUUCCAAUUACCUCCUGUCUGAGGAAUAUGAGGAUUUGAAAGAUGUUGGAAGAAACCAGUCUUUUGACACAGCACUUUUACCCGAGAACAGGGGGAAAAAUCGAUACAACAAUAUUCUGCCUUAUGAUUCGACCAGGGUGAAAUUAACCUACAUUGACGAUGAUCCUUGUUCAGACUACAUUAAUGCCAGCUAUAUCCCAGGCUGCAAUUUCCGAAGGGAAUACAUUGCAACACAAGGCCCCCUGCCCGGCACCAAAGAUGACUUCUGGAAAAUGGUUUGGGAGCAGAAUGUUCACAAUAUUGUGAUGGUCACCCAGUGUGUAGAAAAGGGAAGGGUGAAGUGUGACCAUUACUGGCCGUUUGAUCACGAUGCUUUGUACUAUGGAGACCUCAUUGUCCAAAUGCUGUCCGAAUCUGUUUUACCUGAAUGGACGAUCAGAGAAUUCAAAAUUUGCAAUGAGGACCAACUUGACUCUGCACGAGUUGUUCGUCACUUUCACUACACUGUUUGGCCAGAUCAUGGGGUGCCAGAAACCGCACAAUCUUUAAUUCAGUUUGUGCGAACAGUGAGGGAUUAUAUUAACAGGUCGCCAAACUCUGGCCCAAGUGUUAUACACUGCAGUGCUGGUGUAGGUCGAACAGGCACAUUUAUCGCUUUAGACAGAAUCCUUCAGCAGUUGGAGACCAAGGAUUCAGUGGACAUUUAUGGAACAGUGUAUGACCUGAGGCUCCACAGGGUAUAUAUGGUGCAAACCGAGUGUCAAUAUGCAUAUUUGCACUUGUGCACCAGGGAUGUUUUAAGGAGUAGAAAGCUACGAGGCGAACAAGAAAAUCCAUUGUUCCCCAUAUAUGAAAAUGUAAAUCCAGAGUAUCACAGAGACUUCCUCUUUGGAAGACACUAAGGACGGCAGAGGAACUGUCAUCUGAUAUAUUGAACCUCAUUUACAGCACUGCUAAAUAUGCACUAAAGAAAUACCAGGUCUUGGAUUUCCACAUGUGUAUAAUUUAUUUGCCUGGUAUUCCCUAUGGAUAUUAUUAUAAUUUAAAUGUAUUAGAGAUUAUUGUAUAUACAUAUUUCAAAUAAAUAUUUCUUAUAUUUUUUAAAACUGGUGGGAUUAUGUAUUUUAUAUUACCUAUUACAGUGUAUUGUAAGAAAAGUAUAUAAUUGUAUUAUUUUGAUGUUUAAAUAUUAAUAUUCACAAUGUAAUAUUCUGUGCAAUCCAAACUUUUUUAUGUGAAAAUGCAGUAUUGGGAAGGAAUAUUUUUAACUGUGUACUUGAAGGAGGAUGAGUUGAUACAUGGGGUGUUUGAUGUAUUCGAGGCAGCUUGGAUUAUGCUAUCAUGACAACAGAGCUUGUUAAUAUUUCCAUAGAACUGGUCCACUUCACCCAUUAGAUCUGUGCCAGCUCUCAAUUAAAUCCCAUGAUUCCUCAGCAACACACACAAAAUGCUGGGACAUCUCAGCAGGUCAGGCAGCAUCUGUAGAAAAGAGUAAACCAUCAACGAUUUGGAAGAGUCUCGGCUCGAAACGUCGACUGUUUAAUCAUUUCCAUAAAUGCUGCCUGACUUGCUGAGUUCCUCCAGCAUCUUGUGUGCAUUACUUUGGAUUUCCAGCAUCUGCCAACUUUCUCAUGUAUGUGAUACCCAUAAUUCCUUGCUUCACUUUCUCCCGUGCCCUUCAGCUGCCGAGCCGCCACACAGAGUGAUUUACAGAGGCCAAUUGGCCUGCCAUCUCUUGGAUGUGGGAGGAACCAAGGGAAACUCAUCCAUGCAUACGAAAAACAAACAAACUCCACAGAAAUAGAACCCAAAAAGUGGGAUCAAAUCCAGGUUGCUGGAACUGUGAGGAGCAGCACUCCACGUCUCUAAUGUGCUGUCUGUGUAGCAUCAGUUCCAGUAUUACAGGCAUUAGUACUAACACUUGGACUCUCAAUCUGGCACUCAGAUCUUCCAGCCUCCCUGUGAUCAGCAGCAUCACUUUGAAAUAUGUAGAGAAAGUGACCUCCCAGUGUAUUCCUCCCACCACAGAGGGAGAACAUGAGCACUAUUCCGCUACAAGAAUUCUGGCAGCAGAGCGCAAGACCACACACUAACCUGAACACUGUAAGUGUUGACCACAUUUCCUGUCUGAAGUCAGCUGUUGAAAGGAAUCAGUAAUAAUGGUUUCAAUGGCUCUCAAUUCCUGCAAUGUUUCCGCAAAUUUAUAGCUACUGUCUGAUAUGUGAACUCCAUUGAUGGAAAUCGAACUAAACGUGAUAGCUGCUCAAACUGUAGAUUAGUUUGUGGUUUCCCUAUAAGGUAUGCUGACAGGUAUUAUGUAAUUUAGCUACUUUCUAAAAUUGUUAUUGCAUCUAUUUGAAGUGAAUCAAUUUGUCUUUAAGUUAAAAAAGAUUAUACUGAAGACUAUUUAAAUAUUACAGUUAAAAACAAGUGAAACAGUAUUAAGUGUCCUAUCUUAUUCCAGUAUUUGCCUUUCACCAAGAAAUGGGGUUUCAAAUCUAUGGAUUCAAUGAUAUCUUAAUUUAUCUUUAAUUUAUAUGGACCUAUGUCAAUGGAAUCUGCCGUCAGUUUUUAUAUGAACAAUUAAAAUAGAG